GAAUAUCCUCGGGAAUGGAGCCACUCUCGGCGCGUCACUCAGCCGGCCUCGAACAGCAGAGUCAGCAACUGUCUCCCCACGAAUCCGAGGUGGCUUCUCGGCCAAGGUUGCCCGUCGGCUUGGGACUCCUUCACCUGCUGGCCGCCGACCGAGGCAGGAAGGGCACUGCGCAAGCCAUGCGCGCACAUCAUCGCCUCUCUGGACAUCUCGUUGGCAGAGUCGGACGCUUCGCUCGCCCAGGGUCUCUACGCCUAUCGAGUGUGUGGCGCUGACGGCAAAUGGCUCUGGGGAAACUGGACCAACUACACCGAGUGCCUCGGUUUGAUCAACCAGCAGAGCAGUUCCGCUGUUUCCCUGGCAGUUGUGUACAUCCUACUCUUGUUCUCCCUGUUGUCGCUGAUUUUCCUCUCGGCUAGUAUGUUCAUCUUCUGCUACUUCAGGUCUCUGGAGUGCCCGAGGACGCGAGUGCAUCGAAACCUGAUGCUUGCCCUGGCAGUGCACGCGGUGAUGCUGGUGGUUUUAUCUACGCCACUGGCGCUUCAUCCAGAUGCGCCGACGCCCUUCGUGCAAACGCCCGUGCUGUGCAAGUGCGUGCUGUCGCUGAAGAUGUACGCGGCCACGGCCUCCAUCAACUGGAUGUUCGUCGAGGGACUGCUCCUGCACUCACGCGUGGCCGUUUCCGUGUUCCGGCAGGACGCCCCCUUCCGGCUCUACUACGCGCUCGGCUGGGGAUUGCCCCUGGCUUUCAUCCUGGCUUGGGCGUACCUGACAGAGAAUGAGCUGCGCACGGCAUGCUGGGAAGGCUACGGGUCCAGCUCCUACGUCUGGAUACUCAUAGCUCCGCGCCUGGUCGCUAUACUGGUGAACUCCGUAUUCCUGGUCAACAUCGUAAGGAUCCUCGUGACACGCAUUAAGCCCAAGGCGUCAGCACUGGAGACAACGCAGUUCAGAAAAGCCAUCAAGGCCACGGCACUGCUCUUUCCUCUGCUGGGCAUCACGCACCUGCUGUUUUGCAUCAACCCUCAGAACGAGACCAUGGGACUCAAGGAAGCGUACAUGAUCAUCAACGCCGUCCUCCAAUCGUCGCAGGGAAUAUUCGUGUCCGUUCUGUACUGCUUCAUGGACUCAGAGGUGCAGACGGCAUUGCGCAACGCCUACCUGCGCGCCGCCGUACGGCGGGAUCCACGAAAGGUCAGCCGAUCGUCUCGGUCUUGGAUUCUACCCGGCGGUCGCCAGAGCAGGCUCGGCCGUUCCACGGUGUCUUCGCUUUCGUCGGUGUCGAGGAAGCUUCCACCCGCCGCGUCGCAGCCGGCGUCCAACUACCGGGACAGCCGUCGAGACAACGGGCGCGACGGAACAUGCUGCAAUGCGGCCGGUUUGCCGUGCCACUGCCGAAGCGCGCUGCAGCUCAGUGACCCUGGACGCAGCCGCGACAGAACCGUCGACAACUUUCACGUGUGAAACGCCACGGCCAGCCGAGGUCUAACUCCGUGCUACGCACUCAAGACCCGAGAAACUGU